ACAAGAAACAAUGGAUGGAUACUAAUCAAGGAGAGAAGCAACCUGGAGUUAAACAGAAAUUCCUAAGAUAAUUAACCAUGGAACAGAUUGCCUUCAGAAGUUUUAUCCUGACAAACAUCCUAAAAUGUCCAAGCUGGUGCCCAUCAUUUCCCAGAAAGAUCUGGAGAACAUUUCCCUGAGUCACACAGGCUUUGGCAUCUCGCUGAAAGCCUUCCACGUGGCAUGGAACACAGACGUCUCUGUGAAGCUGUUGAGCAACCAGAGAGCAGGAGAAAGAGACUUCAAGACUCUGCUUCAAGAAGCUGCAAACACACAACGUUUACAGUGCAACCAUCUCUUGCCGCUUUUGGGUAUCUGCCAGUUUCAAGGUUUCCUUGGGGUUGCAACGACAUGGAUGCAGAAUGGAUCUCUCUCUUUGUUCAUUCACGAUGGUGAACUCUACCCAGAUCUUCCUGUUCCUUUGAGCCUAAGGAUCCUGUCAGAUGUUGCCACCGGUCUAAGUUAUCUUCACAGUUUGGAGCCUCCUAUCCUUCACCACCAUCUCAAACCUUCCAAUGUGCUGUUAGAUCUUGAAUACAGAGCUAAGAUCUCAGAUUUUGGCCAACCCACUUGGAGAAAACAGCAGCUGAGGGCAGCUUUGCAGAACUGUAAUGAGGCGAGUUGCUGGGAUUUGCUCUACCUUUCUCCUGAAAUACUUCAGGGAGGUCAAUUCUCACAAAAAGGAGAUGUUUAUAGUUUUGGGAUGAUGUGUUGGGAACUCCUAAGUCGACAAAAGCCACUGACAGGAAAAAAGACUUUGAUUCAAGCUAUAACCGGGGUCUGCAAUGGUUUGCGCCCAGGGAUCGAAGCAGCAUUCAUACCAAAUGCCUUGCCUCAUCGGAACAAGAUGAUUCAGCUCAUGCUUCUCUGCUGGCACCAAGAACUUCACUUCAGACCCAAUGCCACAGAGUGUGCAGCAUUUCUAAAGGAUAUCCUCGGUACAUUUCCAAAGGAGGUGAUUUCUGAUGCAAUCUACAACUUGAUUUGUGCCAAGGAAUGUGCAAUCAAUGCUGCCAAAGGUCCAGUUUCUCACCUGCUUGAAACAGGGAUGCGCAAUUUAGAGCUCAUCUGUCCUCAGAACAACAAUGUGCCCAACAAGGAAAUUGUGUUAAAGCCGCAGAGCUUAUCAUGUGAAACAGGAAAUCCAGGGAAUAAAUUGAACCAGACUGUCCUUGUCAGCAAUACACCUCGAGGGACAGCCUUAGGAAGAGAUCCAUCUAUAAGUGCCAGCAAUGGAUCAAGUCUUCCAUCCAUUGUUCUUCCACCCCAUUCAAAGAUAAGCAACAAUAAAACUAGGCCCUUCAACAAUGAGUCCAAAGGUUAUCAGCCUCCGUUUCCACAAACAGUGGGAGAACCAACUUGUUGCAAAAACUGUCCACACAAUUCGCCCAACAGCACAUUAACAGGUCCUACCUGCAAAACAAAGAACUGCUCCAUCCUCACCUUGGGCCGAGAAACCAUCUUAAGUUCAAUGACUGAAGGGCGUUUGAACCACCUCCUGGACGUCCUGCGUGCCCAGCAGCUCUUACCCAGGCCAGAUUACGAAAUGAUCAGGUCAUACCCGACUUUGACCGGACGCACCCGGGCUUUGAUUGACACUUGUCUGAAUUUGGGGGAACAGGCUGCUGAGGCCGUGGUGACUGUAUUAUCCAGCAGUAAAGGCAGCCUUUUGCUGAGAAAGCUCCAGCAAACCCGGUGAAUUAAACCUAAAUCUCAAUUCGGUUUUUCACCAUGGCCUUAUCUGUCCAAGGGAUGCCUUGCGUUACUUUUUAGAGAUGCUCAUCCUCUUAAAUAAAUAGGUCAAUAAAUGCCUGGAUUGGAUGAAAAAGAACAAGCUGAAGGAAAAGGAUCAAGAUUUGCUGUUUUGGGCAUGAUAUCGGGAUGAGUAGGCUCUAAGCUCUCUUGUUUUUCCUCAAAGGCAGAAGAGCACAAGGUUUUAAAUUUUCACAUUGUGCCAAAGCGGCUUGUGGAGCUGUGGGGAAUUAAAAAGUCAUUUAAGGACAGGGCUUUGCCAGUAAACCACUGGGAGUAAAAGUGAGGUUGCUAAUGGCUUCAAGCAAGAAGCAAGGCAGUUGGUCCACCUUCCAGAGCAAAUUACACCUUUGGUUCUCCGCACCUGAAAUCAAGGUGGCACAAAGGCGAGAGAGAUUCAGAAUCCAGGUUUUUCUCAGAUACGAGGAAUGUGGAAGCUGGGUUUAUUCGUCGGCAAUGGCUCAGAGAAUAAGGGAAAACACUGAAAAUGAAGGCAGGUUUGGUACUAGGAGAUCUCCUGCAAGUUAUAUCAGAAGCAAUUAAAACUGUCUGGGUUAAUUUUCAAGAAAUGUAAAUGUGCAUGUGUCAAUCUGGUGUCUGUCUUUCAUUUCAAAAAUCAUUCGGUUAAAAAAAAUAAAGUCUAGACUGUAUUCAUG